CAGACAGACCACAGGUGGUACAAAUCGGCAGUGCUGCAUCAUCUCCACUGACGCUCAACACCGAUGCCCCACCAGGGAUGUGUGCUCAGCCCCCUGCUAUACACCUUCAUUACCUACAACUGUGCAGACACACACAGCUCCAACACUAUCAUCUAUAUCGAAGGGACUGAGGUAGAGAGAGUCAGAUGCGUCAGAUUCCUGGGGAUUAACAUCAGUGAUGAUCUGAGCUGAUCACAUCAUGUGGAUGUGAUCACAAAAGCAGCAAGACAGCGGCUCCUUUUUCUGCAGUGGUUUGGCAUGGACCCCGGAAUUCUCACCAACUUGUAUCGAUGCACCAUCGAGAGUAUUCUGUCUGGCUAUAUCAUGGUCUGGCAGGCGGUUGUAAUGUCCUGGACAGCAAGCUCUAUGGAGGGUGGUCAGAUAAGCACAACAUAUAACCAGGUCUAAACUGCCAGCCAUCCAGGACUUCUACAGACAGCGUUUUAGGAGAAAGGCCCAGAAGAUAUUCUCUGAUACCAGCUACCCCAGCCAUACACAUCCAUCAGGACCGUUUUUGCCCAGAACCAAUCGGGCUACUGAACAGAAUAGAAUAGAAUAGCUCUUAAUUGUCAUUACACAUUGUAGGAUUCUGACCCAACACAACGUGUUUGUUUGGUUUGAGCUUUUUAUUGAACACACAGUGAUCUCCACACUCAUCUACCCUCUUGUCUCUGACAUCACUGAAUAAGGGAAAUCCUUGCCAGCCAGCACAAUCACAUCCACCUGUCCCUCCAGCCUCCCUGGCACCGCCCCUUGAGCUCACUGCACCACCCCUCCCCUGCAGCUGAGCUAAGGAUCACACCUCCACCACAUACAUGUGCAACGAAAUUGUGGCUGCUCCACACCAACUGUACAGUACUGCACAAUGGAAGUUCUGGUAAAGUCAAUAAAGGAAUUCCCACCUAUAGAAGAAUGGAAGGAGAAAACAUCAGAGUUGAAUGCAAAUUUCCUUACUCUGGAACCAACAAGUUCUUCUGUAAGGGAAAAUGUGAAAAACAAAAUAUCCUAAUUGAAACAACAGAGAAUGUAGCUAAAAAUGGCAGAUACAGCAUUCAGUAUGUAAAAAAAGGUUUUCUGUCAUCUGAUAUUCUGUAUGUGAGCAUCGCAAAGCUGAAAAGGUCGGACACGGGAACAUACAUGUGUCAUUUGACCAAAACUUGGGAUGGAAAUCUGAGCCAUGAGUUUUACAUUCUUGUCACAGAAGGCUCAACAACAAAAAUAGAAACAGCAACAACAACAGCAACAACAACAACAACAGCAACAACAACAACAACAGAGACUUCAGUCUUCAGUUCAGAAAGUGCUGGAGUUUCAUCAGUGUCCAUUGAAACCUCAAAACAGCCCGAGAGAUCGCCUGCAAGUUCAGCUACUGCAGGUAUGCUUCCUUAUGUGGGUCUGUUUCUGGCCAUUAUGAUCAUCCUCUUCUCGGCAGCUUUGCUGAUUUUCUGCAAGAAGAAGAGGGCCAGUAAACACAAAGGACCUUUGGAAAAUGAAAAUGGUGACAUCACACAGGUGAACCAGCUCUAUGAAGAGAUCAGAGAAAGGGACAAUUUACCUCCCAUAGGUGUGUCCUCAGCUUGCAUGUACCCCAAAUAUUCCCAAUCACAUGGAUUUGAAAACAUAGACCUCCGCAGCCUCAGCACCCCUCCUCAGAACACAGCUGAAGACAACUCAAAUAAUCUUCAUUACUCUGAAGUCGAUUUUUCCCACAUUCCUGCCACCAACAGCGCUCCAUCUCGUAAUGCAACUGAUGUUGUUUACUCCACACCUGUGGUACAUACCAGCCCUUUCAACCACACCAAAGAUUCUUCAUCUCCUCUGUACUCUGUAGUUAAAAAACGGUAUUAAUGCUGCCGAUGGCACCUUCCCUCUCACAAAGAUCAACAGGUGAUCGUAAUUCAUACAAAAUGAGGUUCUUUUCUGCUUAUUUAAGCGAACUGAAUGUUCAAACUAUUAGCCUCAGAUUAAUUUAUUUAAUUAUUUAGUUAUAUCUACUUUAACUUAACAGAUAACUGGUUGCAUGCAUACAUUUUGCAAACUGGAGUAUUUUCCAUUAACAAAUACAGGAAAACCCAACUGACUUGGAACAUCCAUUGCUGUAUGAGAGCAUGCAGUGGUCUCAGGUCAGUCAGCAGGUUUUUCUUGGAGGGACAUCUAUGAAUUGAGUUAGCGAAAUGUGUUACGGUCCUGGGUCGGUUCGACCCAGCAUUUUGAGUUCCUUAGGUUUUGGUUUAUCUCUGCAUUAUGGAUUAGUUCUUAUUCUCGGGUGAUGCUGUUUUGAUUGUGAUUGUAUUCUGUUUCUUUAAGCUAUCUGGGGAUGAUGAUGAUUAUUUCUGGUUUGGGUUUCGUUAUCCUGCCCUCAUGUUUAGUUUAGGUUGCCUGUGCUUAGUCUUCUCUGUCUGUCCAUGAUGUCCUUAUGCCUGCUUAUGAGUCUGCGUCUGUGUCUCUGUCUGUCGUGUGCUUCCUGUUUUAUUCUGUAGGUCUGUGUCCUAUGUCAGUGCGUUCAGCUUUGUGCUCUCCCUGUCUCGUCAGUGUAAUCAGCGUCAGCCGUGUCUCCCAGCUGUUUCCUCUUCGCUCCGUUCACCUCUUGUAUUUAGUGUCUGUGUCUUCCCCUACUCGGUGUCGCGUCGUCAACGUCUACUCACCCUCAGUUUCUGCUGUGUGUCCUGUUACCUGUUUUUGCCUGCCUGUUAGUUUAUAUUUUCCAGUUUAGUUAGUCUUCUGUUUGGUAAGCAGCCUGCAAUAAAGCAGUUCAUUCUGAGUUACUUUCGCUUCCGUGAGUCCUGCGUUUUGGGUCCUUCCUCUCUGCCUGCCUGCACACAGCCAUGACAGAACGACGCGACCAGUACACGGACCCAGCGGACUCACGGUGGAAGCGCAGCUCCCGUUUUGACGGGACCCGGCUAGCGCUUGGAGGGCCUCCGUGCUGCCUUUCCUCGCUAGCAGCCUACACUUCGGCCCGCUCAUCUGCUUCCUCCCCUCGGACGCCCCGGUCUCGCAGAAAACGCUCUAGCCGGUCCCGGGAGGAUUACUACGAGCCCGCAAGCAACCAGCUUACGCCGGCUCAGGCAUUCUAUAAGAUGUUAGGGAUUAUUAUUGUGCCACCCGACUCACCCAGCGUUUCCACAUCACAGCAGGAGCAGCCUCAGCCGAGUCAUCCCUCGUCGCAUUCUGCCAGCGCUGCUCCCUCUUCUACGAGUAAGCGGCGAACGCGCCGCCAGCACUCACCGCUCCAGCAGGAGCCUGGGACUCUUUUCGAACAACCGCCUAGGGUGAGUGACAAAGUCUCGCUACAUUCGCCUUCUGUGUCAAGGGAUAAACACACUGUUUCCCCCAAGGCCGCUAACGUCGGCUUCAUGAACUCUGGGACUCGUGUUUCUCCUGUUGGGGAAAAUGAAAGUAUUCGUUUUGAGAGUGAUCGUUUUCCUGUUGAGUCAAAAGACUGUGCGCCUAAAGCUCCUUCGGACCCAGGAGUUAAGACUGGAGGUAUUUAUCCUGGGGCUAUGGCUGUUCAGUUAGCCGCCCGGCCCGAAACUCAGUUAGCCGCCCGGCCCGAAACUCAGUUAGCCGCCCGGCCCGAAACUCAGUUAGCCGCCCGGCCCGAAACUCAGUUAGCCGCCCGGCCCGAAACUCAGUUAGCCGCCCGGCCCGAAACUCAGUUAGCCGCCCGGCCCGAAACUCAGUCGCCACCUCCACCACAUUCAGCCUCAUUACCCAUAGCACAGUCACAACCACAGCUAGACUCACUACAAGCCUUAUUACAAUCCAUAACCCAGUCAGUAGCUCGGUUAGCAGAAGAGUCACUAGCCUUAUCAUCCGGUCAGUCUCCAGUGUCCUCAUUACCUGUUGUUCAACCAUCUUCUCCACCGCUAGUUUCAUCCUCUCCUCAUCCGAUACUUCAGCCUGUAGCAGCCCAGUCCCCUGUAGCUCAGUCAUUCUCUCAAUCACCAGUUCCACCUUUACCACAACCACCACUACAACCUGUUCUUCAGUCAGUUCAGUCUCGUCCUGUUCUCCAGUCUGUUCAGUCGAGUUCAGUGCACUCUCUUGUAUUGCCAGCACCUCAGCCAUUAGCACUGCCCGCUCCUCAGCCACCAUCUCCACCCACUCAGUUGCAGGAGGAGGAUAGCCCCACACCGACUUUUGCUGCUCCUCAAGACCUGGCUAAAUCAGAGACUUUUACUCUUUCCAGGGCCUCCCCAGAGGUUAAAUAUCAGCGUUCAGUUAACUCUGGCCCCCUGGACAUAAAGAAGCCAGCUGAGGACUGCAAGCGGCAGUCACUACCUGAGCGGAAUCAAUGCUCCGUGCAGCUGCAGUCUGCUGUGUGUUUGCCAGAGGCCCGUGUGCCUGCUGGUUCUGUUCCGUCCCUGCCAGAGGCCCGUGUGCCUGCUGGUUCUGUUCCGUCCCUGCCAGAGGCCCGUGUGCCUGCUGGUUCUGUUCCGUCCCUGCCAGAGGCCCGUGUGCCUGCUGGUUCUGUUCCGUCCCUGCCAGAGGCCCCCGCGCCUGCUGGUUCUGUUCUGUGCCUGCCAGAGGUCCCCGCGCCUGCUGGUUCCGUUCUGUCCCUGCCAGGGGCCCCUGUGCCCGCUGGUUUUGUGACUGUCUCCGCUGGAGGGCCCGAGGAGCCCGUCCAGCCUCCUGUCUCCGCUGGAGGGCCCGAGGAGCCCGUCCAGCCUCCUGUCUCCGCUGGGGGGCCCGAGGAGCCCGUCCAGCCUCCUGUCUCCGCUGGGGGGCCCGAGGAGCCCGUCCAGCCUCCUGUCUCCGCUGGGGGGCCCGAGGAGCCCGUCCAGCCUCCUGCCUCGUCAGCUGGGGGGCCCGAGGAGCCCGUCCAGCCACCUGCCUCGUCAGCUGGGGGGCCCGAGGAGCCCGUCCAGCCACCUGCCUCGUCAGCUGGGGGGCCCGAGGAGCCCGUCCAGCCACCUGCCUCGUCAGCUGGGGGGCCCGAGGAGCCCGUCCAGCCACCUGCCUCGUCAGCUGGGGGGCCCGAGGAGCCCGUCCAGCCACCUGCCUCGUCAGCUGGGGGGCCCGAGGAGCCCGUCCAGCCACCUGCCUCGUCAGCUGGGGGGCCCGAGGAGCCCGUCCAGCCACCUGCCUCGUCAGCUGGGGGGCCCGAGGAGCCCGUCCAGCCACCUGCCUCGUCAGCUGGGGGGCCCGAGGAGCCCGUCCAGCCACCUGCCUCAUUCACGCCGCCUGCAGCGGCCUCCUCAUCUGCUUCAGCGCCGCCGGCGGCAGCAGCCACAUCGGCGUCACCUGCUGCAGCGCCUCCGUCUCCGGCUUCCACGCCGCCACCAGCUGCAGCCUCAGAGUCUCCACCCUCGCCAGCUGCAGCCUCCUCAUCACCUGCAUCACCCACGCCGUCGUCUGGUCCAGCUCCAGCUUCACCCACGCCGUCGCCUGGUCCAGCCUCCGAGUCUGCGUCGCCGUCGCCUGGUCCAGCCUCCGAGUCUGCGUCGCCGUCGCCUGGUCCAGCCUCCGAGUCUGCGUCGCCGUCGCCUGGUCCAGCCUCCGAGUCUGCGUCGCCAUCGCCUGGUCCAGCCUCCGAGUCUGCGUCGCCAUCGCCUGGUCCAGCUGCGGCCUCAUCCUCAUCUGCAGCGCCACCGUCUCCGGCUUCCACGCCGUCGCCUGCAGCGCCACCGUCUCCGGCUUCCACGCCGUCGCCUGCAGCGCCACCGUCUCCGGCUUCCACGCCGUCGCCUGCAGCGCCAUUCUCGUCUGGUCCAGGCUCCGAGCCUCCGGCUUCGCCUGGCCCAGAUUCAGCAUCAGCUCCAGCGUCGCCUGCAGCAGCAGCCUCCUCGUCGCCAGCUCCAGCGUCGCCAGCACCAGCACCUGCUUCGGCUUCGGCUACGGCUUCGUCCUCGCCUGGUCCAGCCUCUGCUUCGGCUUCAGCUUCUCCUGUCCGGCCGCUUUCCAGGCCUAUGACUGGACGUCCUUGCCGUCGUGGACGGUCCCCUUCCGGGCCGAUGGUUGGGCGUCGCCGCCACUGCUUUCCGCGUGGCCGGCCUCCAGACUGCCUUCGUUUGCCUCGCCGCCGUUGCCGCCAGCACGGUCGGCCUCCUGAACUGAUUUCUCGCCGCCGCCGUUGCCGUCCGCACGGUCGGCCCCCUGAACUGUCUCCUCGCCACUGCCUACUGCGUGGCUCACCUUCGGACCUGCCCCGCUACCGCUGCUUUUCGCAUGGUCGGCCUCCGGAACUGAACUGUUUUGGCCUCCGGUGCUGUCGGCCUCCGGGUCGGCCCCUUGAACUUGGCCGUCUGGGCCUUUUGGACUCUGUCCCUCCGUCCUGGACCCCCACCGCCCGCCCUGGUCGGGUCGUUUUCUGUUUUUUGGGUUUUGGGGUUGAAUUCUGUUUUGUGGUCGGGUUUUGUGUUUCUGUUGGGCUGUCUGGGGCCAGCCCUUGAGGGGGGGGUACUGUUACGGUCCUGGGUCGGUUCGACCCAGCAUUUUGAGUUCCUUAGGUUUUGGUUUAUCUCUGCAUUAUGGAUUAGUUCUUAUUCUCGGGUGAUGCUGUUUUGAUUGUGAUUGUAUUCUGUUUCUUUAAGCUAUCUGGGGAUGAUGAUGAUUAUUUCUGGUUUGGGUUUCGUUAUCCUGCCCUCAUGUUUAGUUUAGGUUGCCUGUGCUUAGUCUUCUCUGUCUGUCCAUGAUGUCCUUAUGCCUGCUUAUGAGUCUGCGUCUGUGUCUCUGUCUGUCGUGUGCUUCCUGUUUUAUUCUGUAGGUCUGUGUCCUAUGUCAGUGCGUUCAGCUUUGUGCUCUCCCUGUCUCGUCAGUGUAAUCAGCGUCAGCCGUGUCUCCCAGCUGUUUCCUCUUCGCUCCGUUCACCUCUUGUAUUUAGUGUCUGUGUCUUCCCCUACUCGGUGUCGCGUCGUCAACGUCUACUCACCCUCAGUUUCUGCUGUGUGUCCUGUUACCUGUUUUUGCCUGCCUGAUUAGUUUAUAUUUUCCAGUUUAGUUAGUCUUCUGUUUGGUAAGCAGCCUGCAAUAAAGCAGUUCAUUCUGAGUUACUUUCGCUUCCGUGAGUCCUGCGUUUUGGGUCCUUCCUCUCUGCCUGCCUGCACACAGCCAUGACAGAAAUGGCUUCUUUCACAUGUAGAAAUUUACCUCAAGUGGUUUCUUUCUUGCCCAAACUUAACAAAACUGAGACUGAAAAGUGAAUAAUGGCAUGAAAAGCUGCAGAAAACUCAAAAACAUUCUGUCAGAAAACCCUAAAGACAAGUUCCACUAGAGACAGUUUCCAUAUACUUUCUGUUGGCAAUGUAAACAAGCAAAAAAAAUAAAUAAAUAAAUGGGCACAACACCAAAUUGAAUUAUAGGCCCCUAGCAUUGCUCACAAACCUGCUUGUUUGUGUAAUUUUGUACUAACACAGACACUGAAAGUACUGUGUUAAUUGUUUUUAUAAUCUUAACAAUAUCACAGUUCUGUGGGUUAUUGGAUUUGCACAAGGAUCUUUAUGUUCUUAUUUUAGUUUGCUUCAUUGUGCUCAACCUGAUUUUUAAAUCUUAAUUAAAAUAAACAUGAACAUCGACAGAUUUAACUGUAUGGUCUUGAUUGUUGGCAAAAUAUUUUUAUAAAUAA